AUGGAUUUGUCUCUUGGAGCCCUCUUUACCAAGCUGGCCCCGAGCGCCAUUGCACUGGCCGUGUACUUUUGCUUCCUUGACGCCAUCCUCAUCGCACAGACUGGCUAUUACAAAGCAAAAGCCGCUCAGCAACGCGCCGCUGCCCACCGAGCUUUACAAGACAGAGCUUACUUGUCCGCUGCAGCAUCUGAGGACUCUCCUCUCCUAGGACGGCGCCGACGAAGCUCGACCGACCUCCCGGGUUCGCUGAUCCGUCACGAUACGCACAGAGAGUCUGCCCUCGAGCCAAUCCGAAAGGUGGUGACUGGCCAGGACGAGACGGUAGAGCGACGACCUUGGUUGAACAACCUGCUUGGGCUGGCCGCCAUUUACGUGAUUGGAUUUGCAGGGUGGUUCAUCUCCUACAAGGCCGGCAUUUGGGAUGGCGACAACGGCAUCCCCGACGGUGGGGUGUCAGAUCCCUCCACAGAAGAUGAUUUCAAGGCAAGGAAUUGGUGCGAUGCUAAGAGAAUUGAAAGCGCGAGAUUGCCUCAGAUUUUCAAAAACUACCAGGAAAAGUCCUGCGAGGGCCUGUCACUACUGUUCUUUUUGCUCUCCAUUACUGGAAAUCUGACGUACGGGCUGAGCCUUAUUUCGUACUCCCAGAACAAGGACUACCUGCUCAAUACGCUGCCCUGGCUUCUGGGCUCUCUGGGCACCAUGGUUGAGGACUCGACCAUCUUUGUGCAGUUUCGCAUUUACGGCGACAAUGCCCGCAGGCUAUCCUUGGCCUGA